UUUUCCUUUCUUUAUAUUUUUUUUUCUUCAAUUUUUUUUUUGGGUUUGGUUAUUUUGGUGUAUGAUAUUGACAUAUGCCUUCACAAUAUAGUUGUGAUUUUGAUCCAUCUUUUGUUUGUUUUGCAUUGUCAAAAGUUGUAAUGGUCUAAACAUGUGUCCACCUGAAAUUCCUUUUUGGGCAAGAUAAUCAAACUUAAGAAGCUAUAGCUAUGGCUAAGAUUGCUCUCUCUUCCUAAUAUAUAUAUAUAUAUAUAUAUAUAUAUAUAUAUAUCUCCCCCAGCUAUGUGUAACUUGCACAGAUGAAGUUUGACCAAAGACUUUUAGGAAACCUACAUCAUAGACAAGUUCAAAAUUAUUAUUGCUUCCUACCUACCUUCCGUGAAGAACCCUCUUUCUAUCUCAACGAGCUGAAAAUGGUUCUUGUUUCUAUCUGAGACAUUCUUUUCAUGUUUUUCUCAAACUUCACACCAUUGUGUGUGUUUUGUAGUCAUUGAAUAUCUAUAUGUAUAGUUUAAUUACAAUUCAACCUUGGGCCUAUCUUUUUGGUUUUCUAGCUAAUUCUAGAUUUAUCUCAGCAUUAUCCGAUCUUUGAUAGUGACAUCUAAAAACUUUAUAGAUAUCUUUGCUUGGGUGGUGCCAUAUUGUCACUUAACUUCAAGUUUUCUGGAAGAUUUGAUGACCUCAAAAUUGUUUACCCAAAAAUGUGGGGAACCCUUCUCUAUCUUUGUCUUGCUUUUUAGCUAGCUCUUUUGAAUUUAAACUUUGAGAUAUAUAUAUAGUGCUUUAGCACCGGUAGGGCACACUUUGCUUCUGAUCACAUCCCUCUUCUAGCUAGAUUCCUUCCACAUUGAGAAUGCAUGGCAAGUCAAGACAGACUGUAAGGAGACGACACUAUAGAGGAGUGAGACAAAGACCUUGGGGGAAGUGGGCAGCUGAAAUACGUGACCCAAAGAAAGCAGCCAGAGUUUGGCUUGGGACUUUUGAGACAGCUGAAGACGCUGCCAUUGCAUACGAUAACGCAGCUCUCAGGUUCAAAGGCACAAAAGCCAAGCUCAACUUUCCUGAACGAGUUCAAGGCAAGACUGACUUUGGCAUGCUUAUGGCUACUUCUGGUUCAACAAGAACAACAAGUAGUAGCAGUGCCUCUACUCAACAAAAUCAAAAUUUCACGGGGCCAGCCAGUAGCGGUGUUGUUGCUCAUCCGCCAGCUGCUCCGUCGAUGGCGCCGCAGCCAGAAACUUUCCCUGAUUUGUAUCAGUAUGCACAGCUUCUCUCCGGGAAUGAUAUUGAUUUCUCGUACCACUCUUCCAAUCUAUUUAAUCACCAAGAUCCAUUUGGUUCACAAAUUUCAUCACCAACAACGCAUUUUUCAUCCUCGAAUGCAUCGCAACCGCCGCAAAGACAACAACAAGAUGAUCAAGACGAAGAUGGGAAGGACUGGAAUUGGAAUAAUCCAAGCCAGUAGUAGCUGCAUGCGUAUUUAAUUUUGAUGAGGUUCAAUUCUAUGUAUUAUAUAUUUAUAUAUACUGAGAGGAAAGUUUACUAUUUGAGUUCAUCAAUUUGAUGUUCAAGUUCUAGCUA